UGAGGAAAGACCUCAGCUGGAAAGGAGAGACGCAGUGAGUUUUACCAUUCUCAUCCUCUGGAAUGCAUCAGCUAACUUAUCUGUGCACAAUUCACGCACAAUUGGAUGCGCACGGGCAGACUUCAAAAGUUGCAUCUAUUUAUAGCCUAGGAGCCUGAGCGACGGUUUUUAGUGGCUUUUCUUCUUUUCCACAGUUUGCUCCUACACGUUUUUUUGUUUUUUUGAUUGUUUUUGUUUUGUUUUGUUUUUACCUGCAAGUCAAAGUGCAGACAGUCCUCUGUCGAGUCCCAAGCGAAUCUCCUAUUCGGGAGACAAGCUUUGACUCCAGACAGGAGAGGUCGACGGGGCUGGGAAACUACAUAAGGUGAUUUUUCUUCACUGAAGUCGUACACUUGAGAGUGGAAAUGACAGAAAUUAAGCGUGGAGGACGGCUGCUGCAGUUGGCCGUGACUCUGGUGGCUUUACUGUCGCUCUGUGCCGAGGCUAAAGACGCAGCAGAGGUGGCAGAUACCGAAAUCACUGAGGUGGCAACGAAGCAGACCGACACCAGAGCCAGUAGGGCCAAGAGGAGGGGAGGGACGGACGUCCUCAGAGGACCAAAUGUGUGCGGCUCAAGAAACAAUGCCUACUGCUGCCCAGGUUGGAAGACUCUGACUGGAGGAAAUCAGUGCAUUGUUCCCAUCUGCCGGAGUUCAUGUGGAGAUGGUUUCUGCUCCAGACCCAAUAUGUGCACCUGCCCCAAUGGUCAGAUCGCACCAUCCUGUGGAUCCAAGUCAGUCCAGCACUGUAACAUUCGGUGUAUGAAUGGGGGAACAUGUGCAGAAGACCAGUGCUUGUGUCAGAAGGGCUAUGUGGGAAACCACUGUGGACAACCGGUAUGUGAAAAUGGCUGUCUCAAUGGAGGAAGGUGCGUGGCUCCCAACAGAUGUGUAUGCACGUACGGCUUCACCGGAGCUCAGUGCGAGCGAGACUAUCGCACCGGGCCGUGCUUUGCCUCAGUAAAUAACCAGAUGUGUCAAGGACAGCUCACGGGCAUUGUGUGCACAAAGACUCUGUGCUGCGCCACAGUGGGACGGGCGUGGGGUCACCCCUGUGAGAUGUGCCCAGCCCAGCCUCACCCCUGUCGAAGAGGGUUCAUACCAAACCACCGCACCGGGGCAUGCCAAGAUGUGGAUGAGUGCCAGGCCAUCCCUGGCAUCUGUCAAGGCGGAAAUUGUAUCAACACUGUUGGAUCGUUUGAAUGUAAAUGCCCCGCUGGGCACAAGUUCAACGAGAUCUCGCAGAAAUGUGAAGAUCUGGACGAAUGCUCAAACAUUCCAGGUAUUUGUGGUGUGGGCGAAUGCUCUAAUACUGUCGGCAGCUACUUCUGCAAGUGUCCCCAGGGGUAUUAUACCUCAGUGGAUGGAUCCAGGUGUAUAGAUGCUCGUGGUGGGUAUUGCUACGCCAGCCUGCUGAACGGGCGCUGCGCCAACCAAAAUUCACAGCUGUUGACCAAAAUGCAGUGCUGCUGUGAUAGUGGACGCUGCUGGUCUGAUGGGUCCACCCCUGAAAUGUGCCCCAUUCGUGGAACAGAAGAGUACCAGAAACUGUGCAUUCAGAUACCCAGUGGACCGAUACCUGAUCGUGUCCCAGGGAGCCCUGACAUACCCAGCAUCUACCCAGUUCCAUAUCCUGGACCUGACAUUCAUCAAAUUCCAAUCAAGGUCCCUGUCCAACCUGUCCAACCUGUGCAGCCUGAUCAUCCUAGACCACCUGUAGAACCUAUAUUGCCUAGGCCAGGUCCCGUAAUUAUCCAAACCCAGAAUAUCACCAACAUGUGCCAGGCCUUUCGUAACCUCUGCCUGAAUGGCAGAUGUAUCCCCAUGCCAGGCGUUGGAUAUCGCUGUGAGUGCAACAUGGGCUUCAGGCUGGACAGAAGGGGAGAGUGCAUCGAUGAUAACGAAUGCGAGAAGAACCCAUGCGCACACGGAGAAUGUGUGAACACAGACGGAUCUUACAUCUGUCAGUGUCCUGCUGGAUUCCAGUCGACCUCAACCAGAACAGAGUGCCGAGAUCUGGACGAGUGUGUGGCCAAUGGUCGUAUUUGCAACAAUGGCCGCUGUGUGAACACUGAAGGCAGCUUCCACUGUGUCUGCAAUGCUGGAUUUGAAAUUUCUCAAGAUGGCAAAAACUGUCAAGACCUGGAUGAGUGUCUGAUCAGGAACAUGUGCCUCAAUGGACUGUGCAUCAAUGAAGAUGGGAGCUUCAGAUGCAUCUGUAAACCUGGGUUCUAUCUCGACACCAGCGGACGCAUGUGUGUAGACAUUGAUGAAUGUGAGACUCCGGGCAUGUGCAUGAACGGCCACUGUGUCAACACUGAGGGAUCCUUCCGCUGUGAGUGUAUGGCCGGGAUGGCAGUGGGCCUGGAUGGACGGGUCUGUGUUGACACACACAUGCGCAGUACGUGUUACGGCGGAUACAAGCGAGGGCAGUGUGUUAAGCCUCUCUUUGGGGCUGUGACCAAGUCGGAGUGCUGCUGUGCCAGCACAGAAUACGCCUACGGAGAGCCCUGCCAACCGUGCCCACCACAAAGCUCUGCCGAGUUCCUGGCUCUGUGCCCCACUGGCAUCGGAACGACCGGUGAUGGACGAGAUAUUAAUGAGUGUGCCCUCGACCCUGACAUCUGUCAGAACGGAGUAUGUGAGAACAUGCUGAGGACGUACAAAUGCACCUGCAAUGAAGGUUUUGAAGUAGACCUGACAGGGAAAAGCUGUGUUGAUAUCGAUGAGUGUCUGAUGAACCGGCUGCUCUGCGAAAAUGGCCAGUGCCGGAACACGCCGGGGAGUUUCUCCUGCCUGUGUUCGACGGGAUUUCGCUUUGAUCCCGAGACAGACGUCUGCGAGGAUGUCAAUGAGUGUGAGUCUAGCCCUUGUAUAAAUGGGGACUGUGUGAACAGCCAAGGGUCCUUUGUGUGCUUGUGUUCAGCGGGUAGCUCCCUGGACAGCACCGGGCUGGAGUGCAUAGAGACUAUUAAGAGCACUUGCUGGCUGAAGAUGAUCAAUGAUCGGUGUGAGGUCAACAUCAACGGGGCCACACUGAAAUCCCACUGCUGUGCCACACUGGGAGAAGCCUGGAACAGCCCCUGUGCCAAAUGUGAAAAAGAUCCAAUCUGCAGUAAAGGCUUUGCUAGAGUCAAAGGAAACGUCUGUGAGGAUGUGGAUGAGUGUCAGGUAUUUCCUGGAGUGUGCAUCAAUGGCAAAUGCGUCAACACACCGGGCUCCUUUUUCUGCCAGUGUCCUCCAGGAAUGACUGUUGACAUGAGUGGCAGGAUGUGCAUCGACCUGCGCACGGAGCUGUGCUACCUCACUCAUGAGGAUGAGCGCUGCGGGACUCCUAUCCCGGGGCGGCACCGUGUAGAUGCCUGCUGCUGCUCAGUGGGUGUGGCCUGGGGCCCUGAAUGCGAUGAAUGCCCGGAAAAAGGCACUCCGGAAUUUAACCAGCUCUGUCCUCGGGGCCCAGGCUUCUCGCACAGGGGUGACUUCAUUAACGGCAGGCCCUUCCUUAAAGAUAUAAACGAAUGCAGGAUGAUAAGCACGCUGUGCUCCAAUGGGAGGUGCAGAAACACUAUUGGUAGCUUUCGUUGUCGCUGUGAUAACGGCUAUGCUCUGGACUCUGAUGAGAGGAAUUGUACUGACAUCGAUGAGUGCCGCAUCUCACCGGACCUGUGCGGACCGGGCACCUGCAUGAACACGCCUGGAGAUUUUGAGUGCGAGUGCUUUGAAGGUUACGAGAGUGGCUUCAUGAUGAUGAAAAACUGCAUGGACAUCGAUGAGUGUGAGAGAAACCCUCUGUUGUGUCGAGGAGGUGAGUGCAUGAACACAGAGGGCAGCUUCCAGUGCGUGUGUCCGGAGGGACACGAGGUCGCCCCCGAUGGAUCGGCCUGUUUAGACAUCAAUGAAUGUGAGUUGAGUGACAGGCUGUGCAAGCAUGGUCAGUGCGUGAAUAUGAUCGGCCGGUACCAGUGUUCCUGUGACACAGGAUACAAAUCAACCGAGAACAGACUGGAGUGUGUCGACAUUGACGAGUGUACCAUUGAGAACGGUGGCUGUGAGACUUUCUGCACCAACUCAGAGGGGAGCUAUGAAUGUAGCUGCCAAUCUGGGUACGCCCUGAUGCCCGAUCUAAGAAGCUGUACUGAUAUCGAUGAGUGUGAAGAAAGCCCAGACAUCUGUGACGGGGGCCAGUGUACAAACACACCGGGGACCUAUCAGUGUCUGUGCUUUGAUGGCUUCAUGUCAUCCGAGGAUAUGAAGACCUGCCUGGAUGUGGAUGAGUGCGAGUUAAACCCGAACAUCUGUCUGAGCGGGAACUGCGAGAACACCAAGGGAUCCUUCAUUUGUCACUGCGACCUGGGCUACUCUGUACGCAAGGGAACCACAGGCUGCACAGAUAUCAAUGAGUGUGAAAUCGGAGCCCAUAAUUGCGAUAGACAUGCAACCUGCACCAACACGGCCGGCAGUUUCAAGUGUAAUUGUGCUCCGGGGUGGAUUGGCAAUGGUCUCAAAUGUACAGACCUGGAUGAAUGCUCAAAUGGGACACAUAUGUGCAGCAACAAUGCUGACUGUCUCAACACCAUGGGCUCCUAUCGAUGCGUGUGCAAGGAUGGAUUCUCUGGAGAUGGAUUCUAUUGCUCAGAUAGCGAUGAGUGUGCAGAGAACGGCAACCUGUGUGAAAACGGCCACUGUCUGAAUCUGCCAGGAGGCUUCCGCUGUGAAUGUGACAUGGGCUUCAUCACCACUCCUGACGGCAAGGCCUGUGAGGACAUAGAUGAAUGUACCUUUGCUGACAUCUGUGUCAACGGACAGUGCCAGAAUAUCCCGGGACUUUUCAGAUGUAAAUGUAGCAUUGGUUAUGAACUGGACAGAAGUGGAGGCAACUGCACAGAUAUCAAUGAAUGUGCAGACCCGACCAUCUGCAUUAAUGGAGUGUGCGUUAAUAUCCCUGGAAGCUACCAUUGUAACUGCCCACCAGACUUUGAACUCAAUCCCACUCGAGUGGGCUGUGUAGACACUCGCUCUGGUAGUUGCUUUCGAGAUGUUCGUUUGCGAGGAGAUGCAUCUGAAAAUUUGGACUGCUCCAAUGAGAUUGGAGUUGGCGUCUCCAAAGCGUCCUGUUGCUGCUCCAUGGGCAAGGGCUGGGGAAAUCCAUGUGAAUUAUGCCCGCCUGUAAACUCAACUCAGUACAAGACUCUGUGUCCUGGAGGGGAAGGCUUCAGACCAAACCCCAUCACUGUCAUCUUGGAAGACAUCGAUGAGUGUCAGGAAUUGCCCGGCUUGUGCCAGGGAGGACGGUGCAUCAACACGUUUGGUAGUUUCCACUGUGAAUGUUCAAGAGGCUUUGCCCUCAACCUGGACACCAGAGUUUGUGAAGAUGUCAAUGAGUGUGAACGGCCAGGCAUCUGUGGCCCCGGCCAGUGCUACAACACCAUCGGGAACUACACCUGCAUCUGCCCUGUGGAUUACAUGCAGGUCAACGGAGGGAACAACUGCAUGGACAUGAGGAAAAGCUACUGCUACAGGAACUUUUACUCUGACAACGGAACGUGCGACGGCGAGCUGACCUUCAACAUGACCAAAAAGAUGUGCUGCUGCUCCUACAACAUCGGCCGUGCGUGGAAUAAACCCUGCGAACAGUGCCCCGUGCCCAGCAGCGAUGAGUUUGCGAUCCUGUGUGGCAGCGAGAGACCGGGAUAUUACAUCGACAUCACCACCGGACAGAUUAUUGACAUCGACGAAUGCAGGGAAAUUCCGGGAAUCUGUGAGAAUGGAGUGUGCAUCAACAUGAUCGGUAGCUUCAGGUGCGAGUGCCCCAUUGGCUUCAUCUACAACGACAAGCUGCUGAUUUGUGAAGACAUUGAUGAGUGUCAGAAUGGACCGGUGUGCCAGCAAAAUGCAGACUGUCUGAACUUGCCAGGAAGCUACCGAUGCGAGUGUAAAGCUGGGUACCGCUUCACUCCCACUGGGCAGUGUCUUGACCGUAACGAGUGCAUCGAGAACCCCGGUAUAUGCAAUCCAGGCCAGUGCAUUGACACACUGGGGAGCUAUCGCUGCGUCUGCCCCAAUGGCUUCAAAGCAACUCGGGACCUGUCGAUGUGUGUCGACGUGGACGAGUGUGAAAGACAGCCCUGUGGAAACGGGACCUGCAAGAACACCGUAGGCUCUUACAACUGUCUCUGCUAUCCUGGCUUUCAAAACUCGCACAACAGCGACUGCAUAGAUGUCGAUGAGUGUGCGACGCAGAGGGGCUUGUGUCGAAACGGGCAGUGUGUCAACACAGUGGGCACAUUCCUCUGUGUGUGCAAUGAUGGCUAUGAGCUCACUUUAGACGGCAGACUGUGUGGAGAUAUUAAUGAAUGUGCAGUGAAUCCAGGCACAUGUGGUGCAGGAACUUGCCUGAAUUUGGAUGGUUCUUACAGGUGUAUCUGCCCACCUGGCUACCACCUUCAUGAGGAAACCUGUGAAGACACCGAUGAGUGCGCCCAGUCACCUGAGAUCUGUCAGUAUGGAACCUGCUCUAACACUCAAGGAAGCUUCAUCUGCUUGUGCCCUGAAGGCUUCCAGCUCUCUGCGUCUGGACGGAGAUGUAUAGAUGUCCGUGUGAACUACUGCUAUACCAAGUUUGAAAAUGGGCGCUGUCAGGCUCCAAAACCUCAAAACACUACCAAGGAAGUGUGCUGCUGCAUCGGCAUGCCAGGUCAAGGCUGGGGAGACCCCUGUGAAAUCUGCCCCAUCAAAGGACAGGAGGGGUAUCGCGAUCUCUGCCCUAACGAGGGAUAUCAACGUGGGCCAGAUGAACAUCCAAAAGAUAUUGAUGAAUGCAUCAAUAGUCCUUGUGUUAAUGGCCAGUGCAUUAACACAGACGGCUCUUUCCGCUGUGAAUGUCCCAUGGGAUACCGCCUUGACAUUAGUGGAGUCAGAUGUGAAGACACUAAUGAGUGCGACAUUGGAAAUCCCUGUGGAAACGGCACAUGCACUAAUGUUAUCGGGGGAUUUGAGUGUGCGUGUGAUGACGGUUUUGAGCCUGGGCCAAUGAUGACCUGCGAAGACAUCAACGAGUGCGCCCAGAAUCCUCUGCUGUGUGCCUUCCGCUGUGUUAAUGUAGUGGGUUCGUACGAGUGUAAAUGCCCAACAGGCUACGUGCUGCGGGAGGACAGGAGGAUGUGUAAAGACCAAGAUGAGUGUGCAGAUGGUAUAGAUGACUGUGACAGCAGAGGCAUGACCUGCAAGAACCUGAUUGGUACAUAUAUGUGUAUCUGUGCACCUGGAUACACACGGCUGCCCAGUGGAGAGGGCUGCAUGGAUCUGAAUGAGUGCACGGCCAAACCGGGUAUCUGUAAGAACGGCCGCUGUGAGAACACUGUCGGAAGUUACCGAUGCAGAUGUGACCAAGGAUUCAUUCCCAACCCCACUCAGACAGAAUGUAUUGAUAACCGUGAAGGCGUCUGCUUCACCGAGGUUCUGACCACUCUGUGUCAGAUGACUUCUACUAACAGGGUCCCAGUGACCAAGUCAGAGUGUUGCUGUGAUGGGGGCAGAGGAUGGGGUAACAACUGUGAGCUCUGUCCCUUGCCAGGGACGACCCAGUACAAGAAGAUGUGUCCUCUGGGACCUGGGUACACCACUGAUGGAAGAGAUAUUGAUGAGUGCCGUGUGAUGGGGAACUUGUGCAGGAAUGGUCAGUGUAUCAACAGUCUGGGCUCCUACAGUUGCAUCUGCAAACCUGGCUACACUGCUGACAUCACUGGCACGCAGUGUGUGGAUGUGGAUGAGUGCAUACAGGCACCAAAGCCUUGUAACUUUAUCUGUAAGAACACGGAGGGAGGGUACCUCUGUUCCUGCCCCCGAGGAUACAUCCUUCAGGAGGAUGGAAAGAGCUGCAGAGAUCUGGAUGAGUGUUCGACCAAACAGCACAACUGUCAGUUCUUAUGCGUCAACACCAUCGGUGGCUUCACCUGCAAAUGUCCUGCUGGCUUCACCCAGCAUCACACUGCGUGCAUUGACAACAAUGAAUGCGCAACAGACCCCAAUCUGUGCGGCUCCAAUGGUGUCUGCCAGAACACGCCAGGCAGCUUCAAUUGCGAUUGCCAGCGGGGAUUCUCAUUAGAUCCUAGCGGACAAACCUGUGAAGAUAUGGAUGAGUGUGACGGCAAUCACAGAUGCCAGCAUGGCUGUCAGAACUUAGUAGGUGGAUACAGGUGCAGCUGUCCCCAAGGCUACCUGCAGCACUAUCAGUGGAAUCAGUGUGUUGAUGAGAACGAGUGCCUGAACAGCCAGAUCUGCGGGGGAGCGUCGUGCCACAACACCCUGGGGAGUUUCCGUUGCCUUUGCCCCACCGGCUUUAACUACGAGCAGACCAGUGGAGGCUGCACGGACAUCAACGAGUGCUCCACGAGCCAGAACCCAUGCAAGUUUGGCUGUUCAAACACGGAUGGAGGCUACUUAUGUGGAUGUCCACCUGGGUACUUCCGUGCAGGACAAGGACACUGCGUCACAGGUUUGGGCUUCACAAGUCCUGGACAGGGAAGUGAAAUGGAGGAUAAUUCCCUCUCACCCGAGGCCUGCUACGAAUGUAAAAUCAAUGGCUAUCCCAAGAAGGGACGCAAACGUCGCAGCAUUAACUCAACACAGGAAAAUCCUCUGGAAGACAUGCAGCUAACUGAGACAGAGGCGGUCAGCCUGGCCAGUGUGGACAUCGAAGACACUCUCCAGUUCCACCUGAACAUCAGUGACUUGAGUAACCGCGACCACAUCCUCGAGUUUACCCCGGCCUUAAGCACACUGAGCGACCAUGUGCGUUACAGCAUCGACUACGGGAAUGAGGAAGGCUACUUCAAAGUCAAUCAGAGGGAGGGUGUCAGCUACCUGCACUUGAGCAAGAAGAAGGGCCUCGUGCCAGGCGCAUACUACCUUCAGAUCAGCAGUAUGCCCCUCUACAGGAAGAAGGAGCUGGCUGAGCUGGAGGACCAACAUGAUAAAGACUACCUCACAGGACAGCUGGGAGACAUACUGAAGAUGAGGGUGCAGAUCAUGCUCCAUUAACCAUCACAAGACUGAGAGAGGCGGAUGUUGCCAGCAGCUGCUAAUCCAGUGUCAAGCUCACAGUCCCCCCUGAAAAAGGCCAAACAUUUCUGACUCUGGGUCAGCAGCUAAGGGUUAACGUCUACUCACUCUAACCGGGAGAAGGGCUCGCCACCAAAGAGACAAGACGGGGGUGGGGGUGGGGGGGAUGGACUGUUCUGUGUCAUUUGAUCACCAAAGAUGAUUCUGCAUAUCAUAGGUACAAUUUCUGUGGAAAGUAUCCACCGAAGGUGUGAAAGAUUCCAGUCGAAAUAAAAAGCAUAUCACCCCGACACACCACUCCUGCUGCGUUUAAAGCACUAUUGAGGGUGUGGAUAGGGUUUGUAAUUGUAUGGUUUAAUAUUGUAUGAUGAUAUGUGGAAUCGGAUGCCACAUUGAAGGGCUUGUGGACUGCAGAAAGCUCUAAGGGCCAAGUUUGUUUGUUUUCUUAGAACUCAGCUUAAGUGGCGGGGGGAUAAAAAGAAAGAGGCGAGUCCCAAUAGUCUGAAAUAAAUUCAUUUCCUCCCCUCAGGUAAAUGACUAUCAAACCUGGAUACACACAUUUCUUUGUUUCCCCAAAUAAGGCUUAGGAGAGGAGAGGAACCCAUUGUGGACUAUUGAGAUGUAGUUAUGUCGGAGCUUGAACGCCUCCUACCGCGUAUUUGAACUAUGCUUUUCCAUUUUUCCUACUGACUAGAAUAAUUCAUAUUUACUGGUGCUAGCAACACAUCCACAUAGACUUUUGAAUGCACUCAGUAGUGAACAAGGCGCAAUCCCAUUGGCCUUUCUGAAGGUUUCAUGUCUUUGCAACAGUAACAGCUAGCUUCAUAGCCUGCCUGCUCUCCUCUAUACUACAUGUAAAUUGUGUUUAUACUGUAAUAAUCAAUGCCACUUUUAAUCUAUGAAGCUUUUGUAAACUAGAGGAAGCCCCUGGAAUAGAGGGGAAGGGGUUGUAAUGGUGCUUAUAAUGACCAACUACUUCCUUUGUAAACUGUGUAUACAUACAGACACACACACGCACACACAAAACACAUUGAUGAUGCCAAACCUGGGCCUUCAUGAUUAUGCACUGAGGUCUUCAUGGCCACAUAUUCUCUCACAAGUCAAAAUCAGUGCUGCAUUGCAAUGGACCAGCCUGACACCAGUCUGUGUUCCAUGUUCACAUCAGUGAGGGUUUAGAUGUAAAUUCACAAUAAAAACAUUUUUGGAGUACAUGUA